AUGAACCUGUUGCUGUUCUCGACGGACGGCGCGGCGGCCACCCGGCGGGGACUGACCUGCAUCUUCUGCGGCGCCUACGACGAGUCCUUCAGCGACAACGGCCUCGACAUGCACUACUGGCGAGCCUGUCCGAUGCUCACGAGGUGUCACUACUGUCGGCAGGUCGUCGAGGUCGCCUCCCUCACGCAGCAUCUCCUGGGCGAGUGUGUGGCUUCAACGCAGUACAGAAGGUGCGACCGUGUUCAGAAGCCAUUCCGAAGAAGGUUUUCUACGACCACGCUGCCUCCAAGUCGUGUACACCUUGCAAACCUGAACCAAUUGCGAAUCACUGUCCCCUUUGCCAUGAGAACAUACCCCCCUGGGACGAAGGCUGGCGAGUACACCUCAUGCCCGGACCCGACUGUUGCCCUGCUAAUACUAGGGCACGACCUCAUGCCUCAAAGAAACAGACGCCGAGCGACAAGAGUCCUUCGGUGUCUCCCGCAGGAGCCUCGGGGAGCGACGAGGGGGCGGCUGCUGUGGGCGGGGCCUCUGCUACGGGCGGGAGGAGUAGAAUACCCAGCUCGUCCACUCCAGGCACUCCGCGAAAGGACACCCUCAAGAGAAGACGGUAGAGGACGGGCGAGGACAUCAGCAGGGGGCCUUCGGGAGUGGGUAGAAACGACUCCCUUAUUUAAGGACUCGCGGAAGCUCGUCACGAAGAGAAAAAGGGUUAGAGAGCGAGAGGAAGAAAGAGAGGUCGAGAGGAAAACAGAGAGAAAAAGGAGGGGGAAAAAGUUGUGGACGAGCGAAAAUGAUUUAGAUCGUAAGGUUUUAUGAUGUUUUAUUGACUCUUUCGAGACGCGAGAGUGCCGGGUUGCACCUCGUGUUGAAGAGGAAUACUGUGAUGGCAAUGGUUUUGUCGUGAGAGGAAUUUUAGAAGGCAUUGCAAUAUUUGUGAAUGUCUCUUUGUUACAUGAGCUUCUACACAUAAAGGUGUUUAUAUACUGGCUGAUGUGGACUUUAAACACAGUUUUAGGGAAGUAUUACCGAAGUGUGUUUUCUAUUUAUUGUUACAGCUACUCAGAAUGGAAAUGUAGAGGAGACAGGUCACGUUCUAUUAUAAAUAAUUUUGAUUGAUUUUAUUUUUUCGUUUUUACAUUGUUCCUUGGACCAUAGACUCUAUGGACAUUGAUGACUUUUUCUAAUCAGGUAAUAUUAUCAGGCAGAGAGAACUGACCGCCCAAUAUUUUCCACUUUUAUAAAUUGAAAGAAAAGAACAAAAAAAUCGUGGUAAUUUCCAGAAAACAAAAAACAAGAACAAAAACAUCCUGUGGCCUUUUUUACGAAAUGGUAACUUCAGAUGCUUGUAGGCAGAGGAUAUAUUCCAUGAAUAGUCACGUUUUAACAUGAGUUAGUUUUUUGUUUACUCAUUUUCCCUUUUAUUACGACCCAAGUUUUUUUUUAUUAUUAUUUAGUGGCUUUGUGAUAGAAGAAACCAGCUUUGUCAGUAUAGUAAGUACACUAAAAUACAGACGUUUUGCCUCGUGUGUGAAUUUACAGAAAAUAGUCGUUCUAACUGCAUAUACCACCGUUUGAAGCGAAGUUGUUAAACGCAGGUAUAAUAUGCUGAACUUGAAUCCAAUAUUCAAUAAGUUUGUGAAAGCUACAAUGCUGAAAUAACACAUACUUGUAUACUGACUUUCUUAUAUAAGGAAGGAUUAAAAGUGAUGGUAACCAGAGAGUACUGCGUCUGUGAGUUUGAUAUGGUUAUUGUAGAAAGAAAUGAUGAUGAUGAAGAAAAAAAAAAACAAAUAAACAACUUGUGACCGUUGAUUUCAUUGUUUACAUCAAUUUGCCAAAUCUCACUCUAGGUUGUGAACUCUAACUGUUGGUCGUUCCGCGUGGACAGACGGAGGUUGAAACAUUUUGGAUAAAAAAAAGGAUACAUUUCCAUCUUUAGUCUGUAAUAUAAAACUUACACGCUACAUUUUUCCAUAUU